AUUCCUCAAAUUUUUCCCAUAAACUGAAUUAUAAUUUCAAUUAUUAUAAUAGUUAUAGUUGUUAUUUUUAUAACUCAUUUAUAUUUUAUUUCAUUUAAUAAUUUAAAUAAAAUAAAUAAAAAAAAAAAAAAUCAAAUAAUUUUAUUAAUAUUUAAAUGAUAA